UAACAUUUGCUACGUUUUCCAUUUCAGGUUCUUUCUUUCCUGAAAGCAAGCCCUCGGACACCAUCUUUAAAAUUGCUUUUUGGCUGGGCUAUCUCAACAGCUGCAUCAACCCUAUCAUCUACCCUUGCUCAAGUCAGGAAUUUAAAAAGGCGUUCCAAAAUGUCUUAAAGGGUCAGUGUCUCCCACGGAAGUACUCAGCCAACAAAUACUCCCUCAGCUUCAACCUCAACCACCCAAGCAGCCACGUCGCAGAAGCUCCGAAAGACAUUGUCCGUAUUCCUGUCAGUUCGGGAGAGAAUUUCUACAAGAUCUCGAAAUCGGAUGGCAUGUGCGAGUGGAAGCUUUUUUCGGCCGUGCAGAACAUGUCAACCAAGAGGACUGCUUCUGAUAAAGACAGGUCCGGCUGUGCUACGGCCAAAGUCAAGAGCAAAGGUUUUCUAAGGGUGUGCUGUUGUGCUGGCACUUCAGGAAACAACACCCCGAAGGACCAGAAAGUGCCCACCAUUAAAAUACAUACUGUCUCCGUCAGUGAUAAUGGGGAGGAUGUCUGAAGGCAUCCAUCUUGCUGGUGGGACAGAGAAAGGUUUUACAUGCUACACUUCCAUUUUGGUAACCUGAGGAAGAGGGGACUUUUCCCCCCCAUAAGGUAAUACAAAAAGGUGAUACCAAUAAGGAGAAAACUCAGAAACAGUAUGAAGAACACAAGCUUUGGAUGAAUCCUGUAUGGAUGGAAAUUUGGGGACAAAAUUCAUCCAAUGUGAUUUAAAUUCCACUGGAAUUUGUGGGCUUUUGAAAUAGGCCCAUCUUGGGGCUGGACUCCUUCAGUUAUUCUGAUAGUAUUUCCUUUCUGUUUUAAAAGUUCUGUGAUUCAUUUUAUUUUGUUUCAAAUCGUCUUAGCUUUUAUUCUUAAUGAUCAACAGAGAGGGAGAAAGAAACAGUAUUAUAAUAUAUCCUAAAACAGAGAAGCAUUAAUUUAUAUAUUUUGGUUUCCAUCACAGCUACUUUAAAUUUUGUGACACGAAACUUUGUUGCAAAGUAAUCAUGCAUUUGAACAGGGUAUGUCAUGUGAGGUGAAGGAGAAAGGUGUUGACAGUAACAUUUGAGUCCUGUGAUAUGGUGAGUACCGUCAAAACUCUCAUGAUACAAUUGGGAACAUAAGACUAAUUCUGAGAACUUAAUCUCUUUUUUGACUUUGGGAGUUAUAGUUUAUAAUCUGUUUCUUCAUGAUGACAUAUUAUCCCAUGUGGCCAGGACAGGGUCUGUGAACACUGGCUACAUAGAAUUGAUCGCAUGGCUCUUUCACAGUUGCUGGAUGCCCAUCAGGUGGAAAUGAUCUACAUCAGUAGUUCCCUACAUUGACUUCUCAGAUAUUCGUGGACUAAAACUCGCAGAAGCCUUCAACACUACUUGUGUUAGCCAGGAUUUCUGGGAGUUGUUGUCCAAGGACCUCUGGGGACUCAAGGCUGGGAAGCACUGGUCUACAUGAUCACUUGUAUGCAUGUGGUUAGAUAUUUAUACACAUACCCAUGGCAUCAAGAAGAAAUUGAUCCCACAUGUCUUACUGUACAUAUGCCCCUCUCUCUGUAUUUUUUUUUGGGACCAUUUCCUUAAUCAAACAGGAGUUUGAAAAAUCCCAGUGGUGGGGUUUGAGACUUCACCUGCUCUGUGUUCCUUUGUGUCACAUGUUGUGCAGUAAAUUCAUUCUUCAAGUGCAAUGUAUAUGAUGGAACAUAUUAAACAGCAAAAUCACUGAAUAAUAAUUAUGUCAUAAAACUGC